UUACUACACGUUUGUAGUACACAUGGCAGAAGCCGGUUGAUGUCAAGGCACAGUUGUCCACUUGCUUUGUUGCUUGCACCAGUUAUACACGCUGAUCGUAGUGACUUUCCAGUGCGACCGACACCAUCAUGCACACACUGUGUAGUGCGCGUUAAUAUUAUUUGUUGCCAAAUGCAUCGAGUGGGCAAAUGUGACCAAUUUUAAUGUCACUGGUUGAUCUGCAGUGGGACGCUUCAAACAUUCUCUAUGCGUACGUCGUCGCGCGCAUUUGUGUGAUUGUUUUUGUCUCCCUCUCGCCUUCAUUUAGACUUCAGCAUGGAAUUCUUUGGAAGAAAAAGAACUGACCCGCUGCUGUUUGACUGUGACGACAGAAAUGAGCUGGACAGUCUUAUGGGAGAUCGUAGUGAUAAUUUCAAAUUGGACUCGAGUGGUCUUGGAGUGGAUCUGGAUAUGGACACCUUGGACCCUAACUCGGAUUUGGGAUGGUUACACAACAGCUCCUUAUCUCAUCUGACAUCCACCUUGGACGCCGAAAAUGAUGGUUCGUUGUCUGAUGGAAAUUUGUUUUCAGUUAAUCCUGAAACCGUCAUGCCAAUGCAGCUACCACACAACCCUCACCAGCAACCAGUGUCACAGGAAAGAGACGACAGCUCCGACAUCGACAUAGCUAACAGUGCUGCCAUGAGACUUCACGCUAACUGCAGUGACGUUAAUAGCGUGGCGAAAACUGUCUUAGUACAGCAACAACCAACUCAACAUAUUCAGUUAGUGGCCGUUCCAGUGGCAGCUACUGCUGUCAGUGUCAGUAACAGUUCAACUCCCGUCCAUUCCCCGAUGAAAGCCAGCACCAUAGUUUUGGAUUCAAGUAACACCUUUUCGGUGGCAGGAACCACUUACAUCGCUUCUCCACAAAAAGUACUGUCAGUUACCAGCGGUCAAAAAACCAGAAAUGUGUUAACACCUUCCCAGUGCUCGCCAGUUCUAGUUGGGCAUUUACAAAGUGGAGUAAACUUGGGGCAUCCUCGACCCAUAACUGUGACUCUGUCAAGUCCUCUGAAAUGUGCCAACAUUGUGACACAUCAUCAACAUUCCCCAUCUCCAAAAACUGUCAGUGAAACAAUUAUCAAGCAGGAAGAAAAGGUUUACCCUAAGCCCGUAUAUUCGUAUAGCUGUUUAAUUGCACUGGCACUCAAAAACAGCAAAUCCGGUAAUCUGCCUGUCAGUGAGAUCUACAAUUUUAUGGUAGAGAAUUUCCCCUACUUUAAAUCUGCACCAGAUGGCUGGAAGAAUUCUGUACGACACAAUCUGUCUUUAAACAAAUGCUUUGCAAAAGUGGAUAACCCAAAACUCUCGAGUGGUGCUAAGAAAGGAUGCUUGUGGGCUUUGAACCCUGCAAAAAUCAAGAAAAUGGAAGAAGAAAUCUGUAAAUGGAGUAAAAAAGAUCCUGUGACUCUUCUUAACAGUAUGGCAUAUCCAGAAAACCUGCAAGCAAUAGAAAAAGGGCAGGCAGGCCUGCCUACAAGAAAAGACGACGAGAAUUAUCAGACUCCACCUUCCAGCCCAAUCAAAGAUGCCACAGCUGCCAUUGCUAGACACUACGAUGAGUUGGAACACAUCAAAGAAGAACCACUGGAGUCAUAUGAUCUGGAGCUCAUGAAUGAAUUAGCUGCUCAUGGACACCACUGGUCUACAGAAAGUGGAGAUUUGCAUAUUGAUCUUAUUUCCAAUUCAUCUAUUGUCUCAUCACCAGUAACAGUGCAAAGUUCACCUGCGCCCCACACCCCCAGCCACUCAGCUUACAAGAGCUCAACCCCAACCAUGUACCAGGGAACAUUCUAUGCCUCUAGUCCCCUGCGCAUCAUCACUGGCUCACCAUCCGUCCGUAUGAACCUGUUUGGUGUGGUGACCCCUCCACGCACACUUUCUGCUCAAAAUUAAUCCUGACUUUUAUUAUGUGUACCUAAACACAUGACAACAUUGUCAUUAAAAGGGCAACCAUCUGUAUGUUGGAUGUAAUGUGUAGGAGUAACUUGUCUAUAAUUCUAUGCUUUUUUAUUGUUGUUUAUUGUUUUCAUCAUCAUUGUUCAAAUUGAAGAGCUACAUUUUUUCCAGCCUACGUGUGAUAAGGGAAUUCAAAUUUUCCAUCAACUCAUCAGCUUGUCAACUCAUACAAAGGCCACUCGGCUGUAUGGCAAGGAAACAGAAACAGCAGCAAGCACAAUCUGAAAAGAGGCUUGCAGUUGCUACAUCACAUUUCCGUUGCAAGUACAGUCAUUCACUGAUUCAUCAGGCAAUUGUUAGACAUUAGAUUUUGUGGUAACUAACCGUUGUUUGUCAACAAGAAGUGAACAAGUUUCCAUGUCUUCACCUACACCUGGGACUAGAAUUCGGUGGCAUACAAGUUGUGAAUUGUAAGAAUAAAUAUCUUUGGCCUUUGGGCAUUACAGUUAUAAUAAUGACACUGCCAUUGGGACAGUCUUUCUGGUAACUGAUUCAUAAAGUUUGUGAAACAAGCAUAGUGUAAGUCUAAAGUUUGGUGUGUUAACAGAGUUUUGCUCACUCAUGGACAGAUGCAGUUAAAAUAGUUUGCCUUCUUGCGUGUGCUUUGUAAAACCUGAGAUGUGUUAGUGACAAGUUACAGUGUUCCAUUGGAGUUUUUGUUCAGAAAUUGCUGAAACAUAGUUUUCUUGCUUGCAUUGAUUUGAUUAAAUUGUAUCUGUUGUUGUGAUGUUUUGAAAUCUUUUUUGCCAGAUUAUUCAUGAUCGAACUACUAGGUGCCACAGGACCACUGAAUAAUGCAGUUACCAUAAGACUGUAUAAAGUAUUUUAAGGUUAUUUUUUCAUGAGUGUUUAGUUUCUUCAUGUUACAAUUUUUUUCAUUACAGAAAUUUAAUUUUAAUUUCAUUAUUUUUAUUAUUUGUUGGGAGGUGGUUUCCUGGGAUAACUAUAGUUAUGAAAAAUGUUUUCAUCCUUAGGUCUGACAACAGAUGCAUAGAAAGACAGUUUUGUAGGGGUUGGGACAUCCUGUUGUCCUUCAUUCACACAAAUGCUGAUACUUUAUUGUUAGUUCCAAGAGGCUUUUCAACAAUUGCAUCAUUGGUACUUUCGCUUCCUGCCAAAGAAACCGAUAAAGAGGCUGGGAAAAUGUUCUAUGUUCUUCAUUAAUCUCUAGCUAAGAUGAUAAAAAGGAUACUUUAGCACUUCAAAGAAUGUUAUAUAUGUAUAAUUAUGUACACAUGUUCAGAACUUGUCUGUGUAAAGUGUACUUCCAUACAUUGUAUAUUUAUGUGGUGGAUAGACGUAAGAGGGUAAGAAGAGGGGAAAGUAUACACACAUCCAUAGAUUCAAAAAGAGAGAGAGAGAGGAUAAAGCUUGUAUAUGUCUAUGAUGCUCUAAUAUAUGUCUUAAUGUGUAAAGUUUGAAUGUGUGUGACCAUUUCAUAUUAACAAAGGCAGCACUAUUACAUGAUGUACUAAGUAUGUGUGCAUUCCUCUGACCAUGAUGUUGGCAUGGGGAUUGUUAUUUGUUGCUUCCAAAGCUGACAAUUAUUAUUUCUGCCAAGAAGAUGAAAUGCAUUAGCAUUUCCUGGAGUGUAAACAAAUCUGGAGGAAACUGUACUAAUUAAAUCUUUGUGUAUGUGAUUCA